UGUGUUCAAACGUUGAUUGAAAUUACGACAAAGUGGUCACGAAACACUGUUUAAUUAUUUGCAUUUUUGUAGACGGAUCAUUUGUUCGCAUUACAGUAAAUUUCAAAUAAUCAGCGUGUUUCCAAUCGAGAGAGAGAGAGAGUGAGAGAGACAGAGAGAGAGAGAGAGAGAGAGAAAACGUGCACAAAAGAAGAAGACAACGACGACGACGGAAAAUAAUAAUACUCUGGAAUAAAGUGGAAUUUUUGCUGUGAAAAAGAAAGUGUGAAAUUAAGAAAAGAUAAGUAAAAUGGCGUGUAAAAAAGCAGCAAAAUCGUCAUGUGAAUUUGAUAUUCCGGUGCCAGUGAGUUUGAUGCAGCCAAUGUUUGUAAAAGAGAAACGUUUGCUUGGCGCUGGACCAUCAAAUCCACCAAGUGAUGUGCUAAAAGCAUUGUCAUUACCUAUGAUGGGUCAUUUGCAUCCAGAAACAUUGAAGAUUAUGGAUGACAUAAAAGAUGGAUUGAAAUAUGUAUUUCAAACCAGCAAUCCCUUGACAUUGUGCAUCAGUGCAAGCGGCCACGGUGGGAUGGAAGCGGCAUUGUGUAAUUUAAUUGAAGAGGGUGACGUUGUGCUGUGCGGUGUGACUGGAUUAUGGGGUAGACGAGCUGGAGAUAUGGCAACACGAUACGGUGCUGAUGUUCGUUACGUUGAGACUGGCAACGAUGAAAUUCUUACCAUGGAUAUACUUAAUGCAUAUUUUGAAGUGCACAAGCCAAAAAUAUUCUUUGUUACACAAGGCGAUUCAUCGACUGGUGUCUUGCAACCGAUUGAAGGUCUUGGUGAUUUAUGCCAAAAAUAUGACUGUUUGUUGGUUGUCGAUACAGUUGCAUCUCUGGGCGGUACGCCAUUUUUCAUGGACAAAUGGAAGGUUGAUGUCGUUUACACUGGCUCGCAAAAAGUACUUGGGGCACCGCCGGGCCUUGCUCCCAUCUCAUUCAAUGCACGUGCAAUUCGAAAAGUUUUACAACGUCAUCAUAAGGUGCCCGUUUACUAUUGGGACAUUAUGCUAUUGUCAGAUUAUUGGAAUUGUUUCAAUAAACCAAGAAUCUAUCAUCAUACAAUUUCAGCUACAUUAUUGUAUGGUUUACGCGAAGCUUUGGCUGCUGUAUGCAAAGAGGGAUUGGACAAAGUUAUCGAUCGUCAUCAAAAAGCAUCGACCGAAUUGCACAAUGGAUUGAAACAGCUUGGAAUGGAGUUGUAUGUGAAAAAUGCAACAUAUCGUUUGCCAACAAUAACAUCGAUAAAAAUUCCAAAAGAAGUUGACUGGAAGCGAAUUGUUGACAUCGGUGCAAAUGAUUAUGCGGUUGAGAUUGCCGGUGGCUUGGGUCCAACUGCUGGACAAAUUAUUCGCAUUGGUCUUAUGGGAGAAAAUGCAAGGUCAGAUUAUGUUGCAACCGCAUUGAAUGUUCUGAGAGAGGCCAUGAGAAAUAUCCGCACACUUUCAAAUCUUUGAAGCAGCCAUUAAUUAGUUUUAUUAUAACGAACAAAUGAAGCUGGUGUCAAACUCACGACAUCGCCCAACUCUAAGUUUACUCAUAUUGUAUUUACAUAUUUUUAAAUGGAUUUGAAAUCUAGGAAUUCAGUAAAUAUUUGAAAUAAAAAGCGUUGAGUAGAAGCGCUCAUGUAGAAGUGAAUGAAAAAAAUAAAUAAAAUAAAAUGUAAA